AUGGCUUCCACAAACCCCAAAGAGAUCGUUGCAGAGAUACCUACCUAUAUCAGAGUCUUUAGUGACGGCACCGUCGAAAGACCAAGACAAGCACCCUUUGUGCCACCUUCGAUAGAUGACUCUCGAACAGGGGUCUCGUCCAAAGACAUCGUCAUCUCACAAAAUCCCCCUGUUUCAGCUCGAAUUUACCUUCCAAAAUUAACCCCAAUCAACGACCAAGACCAUCCUCAGAAUUUUCCCAUCUUGGUCUACUUUCACGGUGGUGGAUUCUUCUUCGAAUCUGCUUUCUCCCAACUCUAUCACCACUACUUCAACACCUUCGUUUCUCAGACAAACAGCAUAGUGGUUUCCGUGGAGUACAGGCUCGCCCCGGAGCACCCUCUCCCUGCUUGUUACCACGAUUGCUGGGACGCUCUCAAAUGGGUCGCGGCCCAUUCCACCCAAAACAACGCUUCCAAUGAAGAUCCAUGGCUGAUUCGCCACGGUGAUUUCCAAAGAGUUUUCAUCGGGGGUGACAGUGCAGGUGGGAACAUAGUUCACAACGUCGCCAUGCGUGCUGGGACUGAACCCUUACCUUGUGAUGUUAAACUACUAGGAGCUAUUUUCUCCCACCCUUACUUCUGCGGUUCGAACCCAAUUGGGUCGGAAUCUGUUACAGGGCGCGAACAGAGUUUACCCUAUUUGGUUUGGGACUUUGUUUACCCUUCUGCGCCAAGUGGCAUUGAUAACCCCAUGGUCAACCCCUUGGCUCCAGGGGCACCAAGCUUGGGUGGACUUGGGUGUUCCAAGAUCUUUGUGUGCGUGGCUAGCGAGGAUAAAAUUAGGGAUAGAGGGGUUUGGUACUAUGAGGGUGUGAGGAAGAGUGGGUGGCAAGGGAAACUGGAACUGUUUGAGGAGAAUGGUGAGGAUCAUGUUUAUCAUAUUUUCCAUCCGGAAUCUGAGAAUGCAAUGAAGCUGAUCAAACGCAUGAAUUUGUUUCUGCAUCAGUAG